UGGGAAUUCGACUUUUCGUGACAGCAUGUCAUUUUCGACAUUUGAUUGAUAAUUUUCUUGGGAUCCAUCAAAUUAGUUUGUUUGAAAGUUAGUUUAGGCGCUAAAUGUUAAUAUUUUAUAAUUUUCACGUCGAAACAAUAUGUGAGUGAACGGAAUCCAUAUUUGGUGUUUGUGGCUACGGUCUCCAUUAUGAGCGAUCAAAAAUGUGUGGUUGAAGGCUGCAAUUUGGAAUACGAUGUGGUUUGCAGCUUUUCCUUUUACAAUGUCAAUACAUCAGCACACGGGGAUGACAAAAGGCAAGACUGGAUCGAGGGUGCAAUGCACGAAGAGAGCGAGUGCUUCUGGAGGCAUGUCAGCCUGCAGCUAUGCGGGUAUCAUUUCGAGCUGGACGCCCAAGGCCUUUGGAUCGACUCGCCAAUGUUACCUGAACUCCUGACGCCACCGGCUAAGCAAGCCCCUGUUUAUGAGCAGACGGAGCAAGACAAGAAACUCGCAGACAUAAUACGCACAGAACAUAACUACAGUUGUGAACCUGUGCAGGAGACCCCGGAAUCAGUCUCCAGGCUAAAUGUGAGGCAGCUGGUCGACACCCUCGGCUAUCUGUCUCUGAAAAACCUCCAGAAGAAGCAGUUAUGGGUGGUGAAGGUGGAAACCGACAAAGCUGAGGCCUCCAUCACCCAGUCGGAGCAGGUCAUCACCAAGAUGACCGAUCCCAAGCAGAUCAUUGAGAUCGUCCCCCAAACUUCAACUUCGGAGCAGUUGGAGAGUGAGAACCAGAACGAAGUACUUCAUAUAAUGGAGGACGGCAGCAUCUCUGACAACUUCAUCUACGAGAUAGCUGAGGAGCAGGAGAUAACCAUGGAAGAGGUUAAGGAGAUACCAGUCUCCGAGAACAGAUCGUGGACAGUGAACAUAAUUCCGGAGGAUCCGAAACCCAAGUACGCGUACAUAAAGCACUGCAACACUGGCAAGAAAAAACGACAUUUCACUGCCGAAAUGAAUGCAAUCGCCCUGCAAGGUGACUUCGAGAACUACUACAUACUGCCGGACGUGGAUCCGUCCGUUGGUGUGGAAAUAACCACCAGCUACGAGUCGGAGAACUUCAUCGUGGAGGAGUACCCCCACCUGGUCCUUCAGGAGCGGCCCAGGAAGCGGUCCCGGGAGUCAGAUCCCACCAAACGGGGCAGGAAGAAGAAAAUCGUCGGCUCACCAUCCGUACGUGAGCAGGUGAAAGUGCUGAAGACAGAGAUAAAAUCUGAGCUGGAUACCUCCGAGGACUGGUUAAUAGAUCACAGCGUGUACGACCAAGACAAUUCGGACGACUACGACGACAAAAAAGCCGCGAGGGUGCGGCGGAAAAAUAAGAAAUACCUGGGCUACGACUUUGUCACUUAGUUUUUGCUUUUUUUUUUGUUAGUUUUUAGUCUAUGACCGCGCGUGGGUUAUGCGUGUCCUGCUUGAUGGAAAUGGUUUUUUAUUUUAAUGUUAAUUUCAAAAUAUACCCAGUUGUAUCUUCACGUUUAUAUUAUCAUCUUGAAUGGUCUAUAACAGUCCACUGAUGGAGUAAAGGCCUCCCAUAAGGGUUUGCCCAUAAUCAUCAGUGACAAUCACAGAGGACGUAGCUGUCCUCUCUCAGUUGUACACCCUUACGGAGGGGGAUGACAUUUGCAUUCUGAUUCUGAUAUUGAAAAUCCAACAACAACAAACAACAAAGAUAUUAGACUGAUAUGUUAAGUGUCAAAUUCUAUGCCGGACUCUAAACAACUUAAUCUUAAGAUGCUGAUUACAAAAUGAGUUUGAAACAACAUAUAUUAUUUUUAAAUCAUGAACAUAAUUUUUGACUGAAUGACCAUGCAAGAUUAUGGCAAAUUAAUCUGACAGAAAAAAAAAUAAUACAACGUCCUCAUUUGGCACACCUAAAAGCCAAAAAAAGCAAAAAAAAGAAGAAGAAAAAAAUCUGUGUUCUUAUUUACACACGUUAGAAGUUUUAUCUUUCGCUCUAUUCUACGUUUGUAGAGAAAACGACGCUAGCAAUAGAAAAAAAGUAUUUA